AUGGGUUUGGAAACCAUCGUGAAAAAUGGCCUGAUUGUCACAGAGGGUGGAAUUCUUCCAGCUGGGCAAAGCAUAGGAAUUGCGGAUGGGAAGAUAACUGUGAUAGGUUACGAUCUUCCUGAAAGCCCCGACACGGAGGUGAUUGAUGCUGCAGGGGCAUAUAUUACUCCUGGAGGGGUAGACUCUCAUGUUCAUCUUGCCCAGAGAAAUGCGCCAACUGGAGAUAACUGGGAAACUGGCACUCGCAGCGCCGUGGCUGGGGGAACCACGACAGUUCUCGCCUUUGCAUCUCAAACAAAAGAGAUGACAUCGCUUUUCCCAGUGCUUGAAGAUUACCACGAGAAAUCUCGAGGCCAGUCGUACUGUGACUACGGGUUUCACUUCAUUCUCACGAAUCCCACCGAGGUGAUUCUCAGAGACGAGCUUCCUUUGAUUGCGAAGAGGGAGGGAAUUACCAGUGUUAAAUUGUACAUGACCUAUGAACUGUACAGACUGUCCGACCGUCAGCUCCUCAAUACAAUGCUGGCUUGCCGUUCACUGGGGUUAACUACGAUGAUCCACGCUGAAAAUAGCGAUAUGAUCCAAUUUCUGAUCGAAGGCCUGGAGAGAAACGGCAACACUGCUCCAUUUUUCCACGCGAUUUCCGGCCCCAAGAUUGCAGAAGAUGAAGCCUCAUACCGCGCGAUCUCUCUCGCAGAGCUUGUUGAUGCACCUAUAUUACUUGUUCACGUUUCUUCCGACAAGGCAAUGAGCCACAUCAGAGACGCCCAGACAAGGCUUCUACCUAUUCAUGCUGAAACAUGCCCGCACUAUUUGUUCUUGUUAUCUGAUAAGCUAGAGUGCAAGGAGCACGACCAUUUCCAUGGUGCGAAAGGUGUAUGCUCUCCUCCUCUUCGUCAUAAUGUAGCAGAUCUUGAAGGGUUAUGGCGUGGUAUCGCAAAUGAUACCUUCACCGUCUUCUCUUCAGAUCAUGCUCCUACCAAAUAUGAUCAUCCACAGGGAAAGAAAGCCGGCAUUAUCAACGGAAUACCGAAGUUCAGCAAAAUCCCCAAGGGUAUCCCAGGGGUCGAAACACGGUUAUCUCUUCUCUUUAGCGAGUCAGAGGCUUGUCUCCCGGAACAUGAAGCUAGAUUAAACUUACCACGCUUUGUGGAGCUUACCUCUGGUAAUCCGGCAAGAUUGUACGGUUUAACACAAAAGGGGUCUAUUCUACCAGGAUUUGAUGCCGAUUUGGUAAUCUGGCACCCACAGGAUAAAGGAGAAAGAAUAAUUCAACAAGAAAACCUUCAUCAUGAUGUGGACUAUACACCAUUUGAGGGAAUUCGAGUCAGAAAUUGGCCUCGCUUCACGAUGUUGCGUGGCAAAGUUGUUUGGGAUGCGGAUGAAAACCGGGUGACGGCAGAGAAAGGGACAGGAAAAUUUCUAAAGCGAGAAAAUGGACGUGUGUUGGUGGGAAAACUGGGCCAGCUUCCUUCUGGCAUGCGUGACGGUGAGCGUGAUAUGUGGCUUCCGAGUUCUGGUGUAUAA